GCCCGCCUCCCCUGCCCGCUGGCCGGGGCGGAGUGCGUCCAGCACCGCCUUCCCGAGGCGGGAGGGUUUGGCAGCUGCAGACGGCGAUGCAGCUCCCGGUCGGGACGGCGUGGGCCCGGUUCUUCCUUGCCCUCUGUGUCUGGAGGCUGAUGGCGCGCCGGGACGCCGCAGGAACAGAUGAGGUGGUCUUUGGGAAGGUUGGAGGAAGCGUCCUCCUGUUGUGCCGCAAUGUCUCCAGAGAAGCAGCCGAGGUGGUCUGGUUUCAGGGGGAUUCGCACUCUUUCCCCCCACUCUUCUCCUCAAGGGUGACCUUCCCUCCGGAUGUCCGUUUCUCCCUGGUUGACAACAGCUCCCUGCACAUCACAGAGCUGCGUCUGCAGGAUGAAGGCAAUUACACCUGCAAGGAAGUGCUGAACAGAACUGACCACGAGCACAGAGUCCAGCUCCUGGUAGCCAAUCCACCUCAGUCAACCCCAAAGUGCUGGGCUGAGACCUCCUCAUCAGGGCUGACACUACAGCUGUUUUGCAGCUGGCCUGGGGGGUAUCCCCACCCCACCCUGCACUGGAGAGAAGAGGGGCACGAUCUGGAGAACUCAAGCUGGGUCAUCAGCUCCACGAGCUCCUCAGACACCCACGUGGAAACACUGAACAGCUCUCACCUCUCCCACCGCAAAGUGUUCAAGUGUGUGGGGAGCCAUGUCAUCAAACAGGAGGAGCCUUCCUGCACUGUGGAGAUAAAAAUCCCUUCCCUGGAAACAGACCCCCCAAAGACAUGCUUUGUUGGUGACAAUGUGACCCUGACAUGCCGUGUGGCAGAGAGCACCCCCCCAGCCAGGCUCAGCUGGCUGCGGGACAUCACCCAGCCAGAGGUGGAGAUCCAGCCUGGAGGGAGGUACCUCAUCACCCAGGAGGGCAACAUGUCCCAACUCACCAUCCAGAACUGCUCCCAGGGCACCGAUGGAGGCUGCUACAUCUGCAAGGCACAGAACCCCGUGGGGCUGAGGGAGCUGUUUGUCUGCCUGACAGUGAAGCAGCCAGUGAAUAUUGUAGGAGUCGUGGGUGCAGUGGUGGUCCUGUCCCUGCUGGCUGUUCUCACCAUCACUGGGGUCAUUUUGUACUACAAUCCCCUCCUGUGCCUAAGAGGUGCCGCAUUCAGGAACCAGGACUCAGGUGAUGUCUUAGUGCUGGUGGACUCAGAGGAUGACAAUGAAGGAAAGGAGGAGACCCUGAGCAGCUCCAGCAAGCAGGAGGCAAUGACACUGGUCAAUGGGAACAGAGUCCAGGCUGCUUACCUCAACUGCCUUACUGAAGGUGAUGAUGGUGAGCAGCACAGCAGGGUCUCUCUGCAGGAAACAAGGGCAGAAGAGAUGAAAGGCUCAUAGUUUCCAUGACUUGGUGUGGAAGCACAGGGAGCUCCACUGGACCCCUGGCAUCUAGCACAUCCUCAGGACUGCAUGGCUGAGCUCAGGCCCUUGGUGUCCUGCAGCAGCUGGUUCAGUCAGAGCAUCUUUUUUCUCCACUAGUCCCUUCCCUGACUUUCACUCUCUCCUUCCCCAGACAUGUUUUCCCAUUUCUUCUCUCCUCUCUUCCUCUCUUUCUCUCAGGUGUCCCUUUUAAUGCAGUGGCACCCAGCACAGGCAGAGCUCAGGAGAUGGGUCCCUGUAGCCCUUCUCUUCCUGAUACCUGUAACAGACUCAAGUACCAGUACAGGAUUCUGGUCCAGCUGUCACACAGGAGCAGUGCUGAGGGUGUGGGGAACAUGAUGGAGAAAGUCACCAUGGGGCCACAAUGGUCCUGGAAUAACAGAAGAAGCAACUGGUGCACAGGCAGGACAUGGGUGUUGCUGA